AUGUCAAUUGAUUUCAAAUCUUCCAAGGCUACAAAGAAAGACGGCCACUUGCACACCAAAUUCACUUAUGAAAACUCUUUAGUUGAAAAGGAUGCUCAAGGUAAUCUCAAGGUUACACCUACAGCAAUUGACUAUGAUUUCAAGUUGGAUCUUACUGUUCCCAAAGUUGGUCUUUUGUUAGUUGGAUUGGGUGGUAACAAUGGUACUACAUUGGUUGGAUCCAUCUUGGCUAAUAAGCACAAUAUUUCAUUUGAGAAUAAGGAAGGUGUUGUUAAGCCAAACUAUUAUGGUUCAGUUACCCAAUCCUCUACUGUCAAGAUUGGUGUUGAUGCUGAAGGUAAUGAUGUUUAUGCUCCAUUCAAUUCCAUUGUUCCAUUUGUUAGUCCUAAUGAUUUGGUUGUGGAUGGAUGGGAUAUUAGUGGGUUGUCAUUGGACAAGGCAAUGAAGAGGGCCAAAGUGUUGGAUGUUACUUUGCAAAAGCAAUUGUAUCCAUAUUUAGAGAAUCAAAAGCCAAUGGAGUCGAUUUAUUAUCCAGAUUUUAUUGCUGCUAAUCAAGGUGACAGAGCUGAUAAUGUAUUCAACAAAGAUUCCAAGGGAAAUGUUUUUACUGGUGACAAGUGGAAGGAUGUUGAAAAGAUUAGAAAGGAUAUUAGAGAUUUUAAGGAAAAAAACAAGUUGGACAAGGUUAUUGUGUUGUGGACUGCCAAUACUGAGAGGUAUGCUGAUGUUUUGCCGCAAGUGAAUGAUACUAGUGACAAUUUGAUUGCUUCUAUCAAGUCUAGUCAUGAAGAGAUUGCGCCAUCAACAAUCUUUGCUGUUGCUUCUAUUUUGGAGAAUGUUCCUUAUAUCAAUGGUUCACCACAAAAUACUUUUGUUCCUGGUGUUAUUGAGCUUGCUGAGAAGCACAAGUCCUUUAUUGGUGGUGAUGAUUUCAAGUCUGGUCAAACCAAGAUUAAGUCUGUUUUGGCGCAGUUUUUGGUUGAUGCUGGUAUUAAGCCCAUUUCUAUUGCUUCGUAUAAUCAUUUGGGUAAUAAUGAUGGGUAUAAUCUUUCAGCACCCAAGCAGUUUAGGUCAAAAGAGAUUUCCAAGCAGUCUGUUGUUGAUGAUAUGAUUGAGAGUAAUCAGAUUUUGUAUAAUAAGGAGUCGGGGGACAAGGUUGACCACUGUAUUGUUAUCAAGUACUUGCCAGCCGUUGGUGAUUCCAAGGUUGCUAUGGAUGAGUAUUAUUCAGAGUUGAUGCUUGGUGGACAUAAUAAGAUCAGUAUCCACAAUGUGUGUGAAGAUUCGUUGUUGGCUACUCCAUUGAUUAUUGAUUUGGUUGUUGUUUCCGAGUUUUUGCAAAGAGUUACUUAUAAAAAGGAGGGUGAGUCCGAGUAUAAUGAUUUCUAUGCAGUAUUGACGUUGUUGAGUUAUUGGUUGAAGGCACCAUUGAGCAGACCUGGAUUCAAGCCUAUCAAUGGGUUGAAUAAGCAGAGACAAGCAUUGGAGAAUUUGUUGAGGUUGUUGGUUGGAUUGCCCAUCAACAAUGAGUUGAGGUUUGAAGAAAGGUUGGUUUAA